CGUCACUGAACAACUUCCCAUAACAAACCUCUCCCUCAAAAUAACAUCUAAGCUAUUCUUGUAGGGACGCGUCUAAACUAACAGAGAACGCAGGUUUCAUUUUCUAUCGUGGUGCGAAGUGAAACCCGGUCAUUAUGGGCCUCCCGCGUGACCAGACGUCCUCGCCUGAACCCCCCACUCAGCCUGAGGCCCCGCCCCUCUCAUCCGAACGCCCGCAGCGACGGACUCGUAAUCGAGUCAACUAUCGCGAUCUGAAUGAGCGCGGCCUCAAACCCGAAUCCGUGGAUUCCACCGGAGAUGACGAAGACGCUGAUGCCGCUCGUGAUGUCGACGAGGUCUUAGACGAAGCCUUUCGCCUCCCAGAUCCCGUUAACCGUAAACGAACCCGCAGAACGAGCGAUACUCGGAGUGAGGACGAACGCGAUGACCCUGUGGAUGAGGAUGAAGUAGAGGAUGUUGAUGUUGAUGAUGAGACCAUCGGAAAUUAUGACCAUUUGUUGAACAACGAAAAGUUCCGAAUCAAAGGGAAACGCACCAUUCGUAUGGACCGCAUUCAUCCGAAGAAGCCUCGAAGGCCCAACAUGCCCUCGGCCUUGGUUUUAGAUGAGCCUUAUGAGAUGUGCAAAGACCAGAUUUGCGUAGUUUGCAGUCAGGAGUUGUUGGAUUUGAAGGAGAACCAGGGUCGCUACAAGAACUUGUACCGAGAUACUACCAAGUCCGGCAAGAGCCUCUUUGAGAUCUUUCGCACCUUAGUCAAGCAGGAGGUUCAGCCCACGUUUUACGGCAGUUAUUUGUGCAAAAAGUGCGUGGAUGCCAUGGAGAAUAUCGAGACCUUGUAUCGUCAAUAUCGCCGAGCGACCGAAGGCUUCCUGGACACGUUUGUCUUGGGACAGAAGAUCUUGGAUGCCGACACGUGUUUGGCCUUUAACAUCGAGGAAGUGGAUUCCCUGACGGCCUUUCUCAACUUGAAGAAAUGCACCUUGAAAGUGCUGGAUCCGGCAGAUGCGGCCUUCAAUGCUUUGGCUAUUGGUUAUGAUUUUGGGGUCGAGUUGGACAAGACGUAUCUGGCCAGUGUCAAGGAGGCCUUUGAGAUCCCGGUGGAUGGUCAACCCGCCGAAUCAGCCGAUGGGGUCAUCACCUUGACCUUUGACGCCUCCACGGGUGUGAUUGAGAAGACCACGAAUACAUUUGCGGCCGAGAUCCCGUCCGAGCAAACAGACGUGGCCUUGCCGCAGAUCUUUGUAACCAAGGACGAAUUGGCCGGAUUGACGCGUACCGUCAAAGACCACACGGUCCAUUUCUCGACCGCGGACUUUGACGCCUUGGAUUGUCGCCUGUUCUUGGGCGCCAAAUUGCGCCAGCAAAUCCUCUUGUCCAAGCACGUGGCCGAAGAAUACCAAAGACAGAUCCCUGGGGCCAGCGCCCGAUUCUCGUGCAGUGAGUGCACGGCUUCCUAUGACUAUUUCCAUAUGCUAAGCAACCACAUUCAAAGCGUUCACUGUCAGGCACUCAUACCUUCGAGUUCGGCCUUGGGCAAGGCCAGUCAAGGCGGGAUCUUGAAUAGUGGCUACAAGACCAACGAGAUGGCCACAUUGGAGAAACCGUUUCAAUGCGAGUAUUGCAACAAAUGCUUUCAAGAGUACGUUUCGCUCUCCAUGCACGUGGACCACUAUCACGGCUUCCAUCGAGUUUGCAACAUCGAGCAAUGCAACGAAGUGUUCAAAUCCAUCCAGGAAUUUGUGCAACAUUACGCUUCGCACGCUGCCCCCAACAUCGAAAUCCCAACAGGAUUCAAAGAGAAGACCAAGAUCGUGCUCCCUUGUCCCUUGUGUAACAUCAACAUCCAAGGGGUGUGGAAGUACUUCCAACAUACUUUCACGCACGACAAGGAGGCUCGCUUCAAGUGUCCAGCCUGUCACAAGCGCAUGAAUAAAGUCCAGAGCUUCAAGGACCACAUCUAUCGCCACUCGUUUGGAGGCUUUCCACCUUCCACCCGAACCCGUCCGAGACCCAAGACUCGAAGCAGCAAUGCUCCUACUACUCCCGCGCCUUCGGGGGGGCUAAAAUCCGAAGACUUGGUAGUGCCAAUGUACAAGUGCUCGAUUUGUAGCAAAUGCUUCUUGGACCAGAACAGACUGAAAUUUCAUGAACAGGUUCACAUCCCCAGGGACCAAUGGGAGCACUCGUGCGGGUCCUGUCAUACCCAAUUCCCAUCAUUGGACAGGCUCAAAAUCCACGUGUCCACCGUGCAUAACAACGUGUUCCCCAAGUGUCAAUUGUGUGAUAAAAUGCUCCCGAAUCGUCACGAGCUCCGGGUGCAUCUGGCCGAAGUUCACAACGAAAUGGAAGAGGAUUGAAAGCGUAUUGGAUCUCCGAUAAUUGAAUCCGAAGGGGAUUGACUGUAUUGGUUUGCGCGAAACAGAAACGUUAUCGGAGAACUGUUUCCAAAUGGCUUUUGAUUCAAUAAAUUGCCAAGUCAUGCCCCCGAACCAGGAACUGAGCGUCAAGUUACUUGAAAUGUACUCAGCCAAGACGAGGUGUUCGGCUACUUUGUCUUUGCUCUUUGAAUGCACCCCGAAAUGAAGACAUCAGUCAAGUUCGUGUGUCAGUCACGUUUUUCGACUAUUAUGUGCUAGUUUGUAUGUUACUGACGUUUCACACGAAUCAUUCCAAAUCAAGAGACAGGCUUUAAGCCCUCGACGCACAUGACUAGGAAUACCUAUAUGAAACUGGUUGCCAAUCCCUCCAUCCAUUCGUGACACACUAAAAAGCUUUUGCCUUUGUGAUACUCAUCUGAGAGAUUGGGUGUGUCUGGUUAUGACAUAAUCAUUCGGGUAUGUCCCUUUCAUCGAGUUGGGAGAAACUCAGCUCACAUGAUGUGUCUGAUUAUUCACCUUUGAAUUGUCUUUGUAUAUGAAAUACAGGGUGCACGGCCAAAAUUACUUUUUCCCUGACGCUUCUUGGGCGUUGAUUGUGAAACCGAUUCAGAAAUCAAUUGAGCAAAUUCAAAUGCGUGUAAUAAACGUAUUCUCUCUUUCUGUGAGGUACGAUGUCG